AAAUGUAGCUGACAUCAUAUGCAGGGAUCCUGAUGACAAACAGACAGAUAGUGGCAGACAGGUUCGAGCUUUGUGAUUUGACAUCCUUGCUGAUGGAUAUCACAGCUCUGCCCACAUCAGGAACAGAGCAGCCAAUGACAUGAUGCAUUCGGACCAGACGCCUACGCGUGCAAACCAAUGGGAUCGGUGCUGCUUUGUUUCCCUGCCUGCAUGGCUCUGUUUAGUGCGCACAUGUGACCACGGAAUGCGUUUACUGAUACUUAACCAUCAUCGAUUGGGUACAGAAGUGGACCCCUCUCCUCCUUACAGAUAAACAAAGCAAAAAAAAAAACACCAAUAGCCAAUCUGGCUCUCUGUUAUGGACGCUCUGACGCCUUUCUCUCUUUUAAUUCUCUCAAAGAUCUCCAUCCUCUCAGUCGCGCGUCAUCUUUGAACAUCAACGAGCUUAUUUUAAGCUGCUGACGGGGGGAGAAAAAAAAAAAAAAAAGCACCGUGCGCUCUCACUCUCUCCUCUCCACACAAACAGCAGCUAGGCGGAUGACACCUGUAGCUGAAUCUGGAUCUCAAUCUCAGGGAGAAAGGAGGGAGGUUGGAUUGUUUCACAUCCAUUCAGCGUCUGCGCCCUGCACCGGCGCUGUCUGAUCUCGAGUGGGGAAGCGCAAAGGUAGCCUAAAGCCGUUUACGGACACAUUAAUUUCUAAGCCGCUCUCUGGGUCUGCUUGCAGACAGGAAGGAGCAUGGAUAGAGAGGAAUUUGCUCUGACUAGUGCGGUGAGGGGAUUUGUAGAGCUGGGGGUGUGCUUCUGUGGAAACUAAACUAAGGACAGCGGCUGAAGCACCAUUACUAACAGCUCGCCAUUUCUCUCCAAGCUUCUUUUCAUUAUUAUUUCAUAUUUUUUUGGACGAGGAGAUAGAUUUUUUUCCAAGCAGUCAUGGGGAAAGAUGAGUGCAAAACAAUGCUGGACGCUUUGAACAAAGUCACCGCUUGCUACAGGCAUUUGGUCAUAGCCCUGGGAAGCACCUCGGACUCGCAGAACCUGCGUGAGGAGCUGAAGAGGACCCGUAAAAAGGCCCAGGAGCUGGCCGUGGCCAACAGGACUAAACUGACCUCUCUACUCAAAGACAAGACCAUCAGCAAAGAGGACCGGACCGAGUACGAACGCCUAUGGGUGCUGUUCUCAAGCAGCAUGGAGCUCCUGGAGGUGGACAUGAAAAGGUCCCUGGAGAUAGGGCAGGAUUUCCCCCUCAAGGUACCUACGAGACACCUCAUCCAGACGGGGAUGACCGGCAGCACCACCACCGUGGCGGCCCGGGCAAUGAGCGUGCAGAACAUGAAGUACGAGUCGGACAGCAACAUCGACACGGCAGACCUCCGGGACCUGCAGUCCGAGAUCUCCCAGAUGACCCAGAUGAUGGAGGAGAUGGAGAUGAAGGUGCAGGUGGCACCGUGGGCCGUGGAGGCAAAGCAGGAGGCGGGCGCGGAGCUCAAGUCCAACAUGAGUGUUGGAAAUUCCUCCGUGGGUGUUAUCUCCAUCUGCGAAGAGGAGCCCAAAGAAGAGGAGGGAGGAGGAGGUAACAGGGAUGCUGGCUUUGCCUCCAUUUGCGCCGUGCUUGUCUUCUUUGUCAUCGUUACGGUCGCUGCGGUUUUGGGAUAUUUAGUCAUCAAUAUGUCCUGAACUGUUCAACCAGCAGCCCAAUGCUGAUGGACACCCUGCGCGGCUGUCUACGGGACCGCCACGGUGAUUCAAAGCCAGCAGCUCCACAAAAGAGAAAGAGAGAGGGGCCAUGAGGGGCUGGACAAUUUCGGACACACACCGAAGUUAUCUCUGAUUUGUGAAUGUAUUUGGUGGAGUUGAGGGAGUUGCACUAGGUAAAAUGUAGAACAAUAGCCUAUAGGCAAGUGUGUGUGUGUCUGUGUGUGUGUGUCAAUCGGAGAGAAUGGACUUUACGCACAAUUUGAGUUUAAGUAUUUUGAGGGGCCAAGGGGUCGUGGUAUUUUUGGAAGAGCAAAAAAAAAAAAAAAAAGUCCUGAAAUUACGUGACAGUGUCUGGCCAUCAGGAUGAUGCAAGCAACACGUAAUCCAAGUGGAUUAGUGGAAAAGCUCAAGCGUAAAUGUAGCCUACUGUUAAGUGUUCCCGUUUGAUGUUCUGCUGGUUGAUGCUUUCAGUUUAUGAAUUAUCAUCCAGCAGAGUCAGAUGUGUUCAAGCCAAGCAGGGGAACCAUCUAAUCAAGAAAAGUAGGGUCCUGUUGUAUGAGAACUAAUAGAGCCAGUGUUUCAGUUCAACUCCUCACAUCAUACAGGUUGGAUGUGAUCAAACCUGCACUGUUCCACACUCCUGUUAGCACAGUUUUAAUACAUCAUAUAUAUAUAAAUAUAUAUAAAAAAGCCGUACAACCUGAUUGUACUAGGCCUGCAUCUUAUUUCAUUCAAUCACAAUGUGCUUCAUGAGAGCCUUGAGACCUCUAAUAAUACACCAGUUCACUGUAAGCCUGUUCACGUUCCUUUUCAGGGUUUUUCUUGCAAACAGUGUUGAAUGUAUACAUUGUGAAUAGAGGGGUUUGUACAUACAGACUGCUGUGUCAGAUAAUGUACAUACAUAAGUAUAUUUAUUAUAAUAAAAAAUUGA